AUGGCGCCAGUGCCUGCUGCACGACCGACCAAUGGCUUCGAGCCUCCGCCGUCCUCCAUUCUGGCCACGCACGUCGUCCAUGGAAACGGAGUCACUGAUUUUGACCAAGAUAAUUUCAAUCAGCUGUUGGCUGAGGCACAGGGAGUCGAUGAUCAAGGCCAACCCAACCUGGGUGCCGACGUUGCCGUCAACCACAAGUUGAUCUGCAUCGUCUUUCAAAUCGGCAUCGAGCGAGUCCUCGAAGAAGAUCCUUUCCGCUCCACAACCGCCGCAGGUAGGGGCGACUCUCAGUUCAGGACGUGUCUUGAAGUUCUUCAAGUCGCAAUCGAAAGAUCACCCCAAGUGGUCUACGUGAAGUCAGAUGCUCUGGGCACGCCCGCCUCCUCCGGGAAUGGACGCCCUCUUUACUCUUGGCUGAUCCCGACACUGCUUCCGUUGGUCGCCUCAGAUCAGGCAAAUGUGGCAAGGGAUGUUGUUCUUGAACUAUUCGAGUCGAUAGUGGAAGCUGACAGAAAAUGUACAACCACUUACUUUUGCGAUAUUGUUCUUGAAUUUCUCAGGAACUGCGUGUCAGGCAUUCUCAGAGUUGUCGAGUCGCUACCAACUGCCCAGCCGAACAAGGCCAUUGUCAUCGAUGGGGAAGACUUUGCCUCUGCAAUGUCCAGAAUCACGAAUGGCCUCGAAAUCAACGUCCCCAGCCUCAAAUUUCCCUCCUUGCGACAGCUGCUGCUCGGAUUAGCCCAGGUUUUGAAGAUAGUGUCAAAACACUCUCAAUCGGCGCAGGCCAAAGUUCAAUUCCGGAAGGUCUUCUUGCGAUUUCGACAGUUCGCUGAAGAAAAUGAGAACCUACUAACGGGCAACGACCAUGCUGAGACCCUCACCCAUGACAUUCGCAUUUUGAGUAUCACGCCUCCAGCUCCACCAAAGAAGUUGUUCAAAGAUACUUACGAGUCCUGGCCUGAUACUGAUCGAGCGCGGAAGAGAUUACGUUUGUCAACGGAUGAUGAGAAUGGACCGUUAAAUGGAACCUUACAACAGAAGAUAUGCCGCAGACUGACGUCGGAGUUGACCGGGAGUGCUGCUCCUGAUCUUGACGGUUUGAGUCAAACAUCGUCUGAGAAUUUCAGGCGCCUGUCAGAGGAGAAACAGUGCAACGCACUCGGCUUGCUUGGCCUAACCGCGUGCCAUCUUGCUUCGCCCUCUUUGGAUAGUUAUUGUCCGACGUGCGAUGAGGAUUGUGAAAUAACGAGUCCUAUGCCAAAUCCAGCCUUACCUGCAGGCCAAGAGUUACUCAAAACCUUGGUUGUCCUCAUCCAGACAAUCUCGCGCCGUUCCCGAACCAGAAUAAUUGCCAUGUCUUCUCUCCGUCGAAUUAUCAUGCACACAAACUCAACUGAAGACUUGAAGCUCAGCCAAACGCCUGCUGGUGACUGGUGCCUCCAGUCCCUCAAGAGCUCCUCCAGAGACCUGAGAAUAGUAGCGGGCAGGACUUUGCAGGCCUACGUGAUGAGAAGAAAACAUCAUGACUUGUCUCUGGCGCGGGAAAACAGAAUCACAGCAUUAGACUUUCUCGACAGUUUAUGGCAGAAGGGAGAUGCUUCCCUACAAGAGACUACAGUCAUGGCUCUGACACAGGUCGCCAAGGUUGUCGGAGACGAAGAAUUAAAUAUCAUCCUGGUCCGACUCGUGGAGUACCUUGGCCACACCAACCCGUACCUCGGUGGUUUGGUAUAUGCUGAGAUCCAGCAUCUUGCUCAAUCCCUGCAAACUUCAGUGUGGCUCCUCUUUUGGCCAUUCUGGCGGACUCUCGGUGUGGUAUUCGCGAAGUCUUUGAUGACUCGCCCCAAUAUUGCACAUCAAUUAUCCGAUCUGUUGGGUAUGGACAUUACAGGUUUGAUGGGGCACGCUGCCGAAUUCGCUCUACCAUAUCUGGUCCUGCACAAAGCCCGUGAAGUGAUAAGGAAAUUCGCCGAGGCGAAUGGGCAGUCAACGACUCUCUUCGAGCUCUGUACACAGCGACAGAAUCUUAUCGCUAUCCUGUCCUUUCUGCUCGUACAGCCAUUCCCUGAGGCGGAACAAUCCAUCAUUUCAAUCUUAUCAGAGGUAUCUGAAGACUUUGGCAAGACUGAUCUGGCGGAAUGGGUCGCCCUGGACCCCAUCCACAUUACCUGCGAACUCUUAAAGGCCAUCGGGGAUAGUGGUCAAGGCAAAUCUUCCCGGAUUUAUCAGGCUUUGCAGCUGCUGGCACAACUAGUAGCUCGCCAACGUGGACAAUCAUCUGGCACGAGACGCAGCGAUAGCAUGGGAACCUUUCUCGAGAAUAAUGUUCUCGCGAUCGUCACCUAUUUCACUGUUCUCCUGAACGAUCUGGAGGCAAAGGAGUCAAAGGUCGACAAGAGGCGAUGCCUCGCCGCCCUCGGUGAGGUAGUCAAGCUAGGCAAAGGGCGGAUUGUGCGAGCUCUUCCUCAGAUUUGUGCUUGUCUCAGAUCUGGAUUAGAUGACCCCGAACUCUGUGAUGCUGCUUUUUCCUCUUGGGCUGCCAUGGUCAAGUCACUCAAGAGAAACGAUUUGAAGCCCCUGGUGGACCAGACCCUGGCAAUCAUUGUCCGGACGUGGGAUACACUCGACAAUCAAUCCCACAGUCUGGCAUAUGACCUUGUCGGCGAUCUGCUCAAAAAUCACACCGACAUCGUGCGUGAUCACUUCGCCACAAUGCCGUCAUUAGCCUCGAUCCCGGUCAUGGCCAAGUUUGAAUCCGAGAUAAUGGCUCUCAAGGGUCAAAUGGACGAGCGUCACCAACUCAUUGCUUAUGUCCAAAGACUACAGGACGAGAACAUUGCAGUGGUUGAACAGGCUUUGGUUGAGUUAGCGCCGCUUCUAUAUCAGAAACAGGAUCUUCUCCAGAGAUCUAUCCUCAGAGAACAACCCGAUGAGUUCGUCGCCGACUUGACUCGUGCAUUACUGGAUUGCUGCGUGAAGUACAACACAAGCAAUGAGGUCUCAAGGCUGUGUGGACAGUGCCUGGGCAGCAUAGGAUGCAUGGAUGCCAGCAAGAUCGAGAGCGUGAGAGAUCGCAAGACGAUGGUCGUACUGGCGAAUUUUGUAAGUGCUGACGAGGUGAUUGAGUGGAUUUUCUUCUUCUUGCAGCAUGUCCUGGUUAAAGCCUUUCUGUCUGCGAAUACCACGCGAGCUCAAGGCUUCCUGGGCUGGGCGAUGCAGCAGUUCUUGAACUCUUGCCGGCAGGAUACGUCGUCGGACGACUCCGGCAAUCUGGCCUCAAGCCUGUGGAAUCAGCUGCCUGAAUCGACUCAAAAUGUAUUGACACCCUUCAUCAGCUCCAAGUACACGGUGCAGGAGGUUCGGGCUCCCGAACAGAGCCAUUAUCCUCUUUUCACGCCUGGCAUGAAGCACCGCGAUUGGCUGCGAACCAUUACAUUGGACUUCCUUCACAGAAGCACCGGAGACAACGUCGAGAUCAUCUUCUCCAUAUGUUGUCGCAUAAUCCAUGGUCAAGAUACUUCCAUCCCGGCUUUCCUUUUGCCGUAUGCCGUCGUCAAUCUCAUUGUCAGUGGCAUAGAGCAGGACAGUCAAGAUAUUGUUGCCGAGGUCAGCUCAAUUCUCAGCCAGCCGCUGGACGGUCAUGAUCGGAGAGUGCAGGACGACAUCAAGUUAUGCAGUCAGACAGUGUUUGAAGUCCUUGACUACAUGUCCACAUGGCAACAACAGAAGCGCAAACAGUAUGCCAUGGCUGUCUCAAAGGCAGAUCGUGGGCUCCAUGAUCUGCUUUUGGGCAAAGCAGCCGACCAGAUACGCAGUAUCGAGCGGGUGCUAGAACAGAUUCCGCCCGACGUGCUAGCUCGACGAGCCUUGGAAUGCCGAUCGUACUCUAGGGCCCUGUUUCACUGGGAGCAGCAUAUCCGCAAAUGUAAAAAGGACGACGUUGAAGCUGAGCUCCAGAGGCUGCAAGACAUAUAUGCCCAGAUUGACGAACCCGACGGUAUCGAGGGCAUUUCUUCUCGGAUGCACGUGCUCGAUAUCGAACAGCAGGUCUUGGAGCACAAAAAGGCAGGUCGGUGGACCGCUGCUCAAAGCUGGUAUGAAAUGCAGCUUGUCGCUUCUCCAGACGAUGGUGAUGCGCAGAAGAACUUGAUGGCCUGCCUCAAGGAAUCCGGGCAAUAUGACGCCCUCCUCCAUCAUUUCGACGGCAUCAAGAGCCGCAGCAGCAGUUCCGCAACUUUACUCGCUCCUUAUGCUCUUGAGGCCUCGUGGGCAACAAGCCGCUGGGAUCUCCUAUCCAGUUACAUUCCUCAGGAGGUUGGACAUGAUUUUGCGUCUCACGUUGCAGAAAUCAUGCUGGCUGUCAAUAACAACGACGGCGCAAGGGUAACUCAGCUUCUCUCAGAAGUAUAUCGCAGCACCGCCUCCGAACUCAACCCCAACAGCAUUUCUUCAUUCCAAGCUAGCCACGACACGCUUCUACGCUUGCAUGUACUUAAUGAUAUGCGACUAAUCGCUGAAAGCCCCAAAGAGAAUCGCGCCGUGGUUCUAGACACCUUACGCGGUCGUCUCGAUGUGCUGGGAUCUAACGUUGCCGACAAACAGUAUCUCCUGGGGAUUCGCCGCGCUGUAAUGUCACUCAGACCAGACAUGUUCGCCUUGAACGAUGUUGCAGCUGCAUGGCUGUCGAGCGCCCGACUCGCCCGCAAGGCACGUUCAACCACUCAAGCCUUCAAUUCCGUUCUCAAAGCUUCUGUGCUUGGCGAUAAGUCUGCAGCAAUCGAACAAGCGAAACUGAUGUGGUUAGAAGGACACCACCGAAAGGCCAUCCAAACCCUUGAGGGAGCCAUCGAGUCAGGUGCAUUCGUAGCCCAUGACUAUAUGACUGACAGUGGACCGACGACAAUGACGGUGGAACAGCGCCACUCUCAAAACGAAGUUACCGCCAAAGCGCACGUUCUCCUCGGGAAAUGGUUGGCACAAGCUGGACAAACCCAAUCCGAAGUCAUCAGGAAAACAUUUAGGAAAGCCACAGAAACCUUCAGCAAAGGGGAACAAGGCUGGUACCACCUUGGCCGCUAUUACAACAAGGUCCUCGACUCGGAAAGAGCAAUGCCUCCCGGCAAAGAGAGUCAAACAUAUCUUACAGGAGAAACGGCCAAACAUGUUAUCGAAAACUAUCUGAGAUCGCUUCUCACGGGUAGUAAAUAUGUUUUCCAAACUCUGCCGAAAGUGUUGACGCUCUGGUUCGAGCUUGUAGAUGGGAUGGACCUUCCAAGGGAUGACCGACGAGGUAGCGCUGAGUUUCAUUCCAAAGUUGCGGCACAGCGAAAGCGCAUUAUUGAAGAGACGAAUAACCAGAUCAAGAAGUAUACCGACCGUCUGCAGCCAGUCUUACUGUACACCAUUCUGCCGCAGAUUGUUGCUCGGAUAUGUCAUCCCAGCAAAGUCGUCUGCGAGAUUCUUAGCAGUAUCGUGGUCAAAGUGGUGAGAGCGUUCCCACAACAAGCAUUCUGGACGUUAUUGGCGGUGGUUGAGUCACAACAGAAGGAACGGGCAAUCAAAGGGUUGAGCAUCGUCAACAAAAUCGUCGAGGUCACGAAGAAAUCCAGCAAGGACUCAUCCGCCGCCGAGCUCAAGAGCAUGUUCACCAGUGGUCAAAAGUUCGUCAAGGAACUCCUUCGCGUCUCUGAAUUCGAAAUCAGAAACAAAGUCACGAAAAUCAGUCUCGCUCGGGAACUGGGUUUCAAUCACAAAAUCGCGCCUUCGAAACUGGUGGUGCCUAAUCAAGCUUGUCUGAUCCCCAGCAUGCCCACAAGCUUCGAACCGGCGCAGCUGAAGGCAUUCCGCCCAUUCGCUAAAGAACCCAUCACCAUCAGCGCCUUUGUCGAUGAGGCUCUUGUUUUAGCCUCUCUUCAGAAGCCCAGAAAACUUACGAUUCGUGGAUCGGACGGCAACAUGUACUCCGUUCUUGCCAAACCGAAAGACGAUCUCCGCAAAGACCAACGCCUCAUGGAAUUCAACAACAUGAUCAACCGCUUCCUCAAACGUGACGUCGACGCCGCCAAGCGGAGGCUCUAUAUUCGCACCUACGCCGUUAUCCCGAUGAAUGAAGAAUGCGGCUUGAUUGAAUGGGUGGACAAUCUCAAAACUUUCCGAGAUAUCAUUCUCAAGCUGUACAAGGACAAGUCCAUCCACCCGAACUACAUCGAGAUUCGGAACCUGCUGGACGAAUCCUGCUCAGGCGAUCCCGAAAAGGCGAAGAUCUUCACGACGACAAUCCUCGAGAAAUUCCCACCCGUAUUCCACGAGUGGUUCGUCGAGAGUUUCCCCGACCCGAGCGCGUGGUUCAAUGCGCGAUUGCGAUACACCCGGUCCGCGGCGGUCAUGUCGAUCGUGGGCCACGUGUUAGGCCUGGGCGACCGGCACGGUGAGAAUAUUCUGUUCGAAGAAGACAACGGCGGGACGCUGCACGUGGACUUCAACUGCCUAUUCGACAAGGGGCUCACGUUCGAGAAACCCGAGAUGGUGCCCUUCCGGCUGACGCACAACAUGGUCGACGCCAUGGGCGCUUACGGCUACGAGGGUCCCUUCCGGAAGUGCGGCGAGAUCACGCUGACGCUGCUGCGGUCGAACGAGGACGCGCUGAUGACCAUUCUCGAGACCUUCCUGCACGACCCCACGACGGACUUCAUCAACUCAGCCGCCGCCGGCGGCCGCAGCAGCCGGAAGAAGGUGGUCGCCGGCGUGCCCAGCACCCCCGUCGAGGUGCUCGAGGGCGUCAGCGCCAAGGUCCGCGGCAUGCUGCCCGGCGAGUCCGUGCCCCUGAGCGUCGGCGGCUACGUCGACGAGAUGAUCAGCCGCGCUACCGACCACCGCAACCUGUGCCGCAUGUACAUCGGAUGGUGUGCUUUCUUCUGA